UCUUUAACGUGUGAAAUCUCGUUUGGAUAUUGAUUAUUUAGAGGUUAAAUACGGUUUUAUUUGGAUACAACUUGGAUCAAUAUUCCUCAAUGAACGGGUUGACGGGGGAGACAAGGGAUAUAGGUUACAGACCUCGUUAGAUACUGCACUGGAGUGUACAUAGUUCUUUCACAUAAAACAUAGCGUCAUUUCAUAUAUGUGUAUUCACUGAUUCAUCCCGUUUAUAGCUGAUGUAAAGGAUCGCCAGAAAGUAAUAACAGAUUGCUUUAGUGAUCUCCUAUUUCAUGAAGGAGAAAGUCUAGUCCAAAUAAUUAAAUAAAGGCAAACCUGGUCAUGAGGCAAUUUGUUGUAAGGGCAGGUGAUUGGGAAGCUGUUGAACACAAUAUGACUCUUUACUGACACACAAAACGUUAGCAUAAUUCCAGAUCCUCACUUACAAAAGAAUAGCAAAUUAGGAAAUAACCAUAAUCGAUUAAAUUCAGAUUCUGUAAUCAACAGCAUUACAAUAUAAAUACAAAAAGUAGUAGCCAUGGUUGGCUAUAGUGUAUUACAGUAGUUUUAGCUCUGUGGAUAGAUUCCCGUCUCGUGUGUAAUGCGUCCUGACACGUUAAGAUGGCAACAUCUGCAGCGUCGUUUGGACACGUGUAUAAUAUAUAUAUAUAUACAUAAAUAGCCAUGAUACACAGCGUAGUAUGAAAGUUUCCGGACAGUCCCGGGGCUACAAGUGAACAAGGUGAAAGCUGUCUGGACUUAACACAUAUGGAACGAAGGAUCAGUUUUAAGCAUAUAGCGUUCAUAUGGAAACAUAAUUCCGAUUUGGUUACUGGCAUAUGAGGAAGGGUCUACACACGGUGAUAUUUGAUAAAUAUUGAUGCAGACAAGACAUCAGUCAUGGAUCUGGACUUUAAUAUACAAUCGAUAAGACGAAGAUGGUCCAAAUUCGGAUGUUAUCGAUACAAACCGAUUUUAAUCGGUGCCGUCACUCUGUUCACUUUUCUUGUUGUGAUAGAAGUAAUUUCUCUUCGGUCUGUGACACCGGAAGUGUUCCCGACACAAGACACCAGAAAAUCAAGGAGUUUAAUGGAGAAAGUUCUUCAAAGGGCGGCAACUCAUGUUAAAUCUCAACACGCUCCCAUCUUUCUCGCAUUUGUUUUGAAUGGUACGCUUCCAUUAGUUUAUAAUUGGAUUUGUAAUGUUCGGGAUUUAGUUUCGUACGAAAAUGUACUUUUCAUAACUUUGUAUGACCAGGACAAAGAGGAUAUCGAAAGUUUCGAAUCUUUAGUCAAUGUAUUUUCAAUAGAAAAAGAAUUUGAUAGAUUUAAUACAGCAAGAAAAGUAAACAAUAUUCAAUUAUUGAUGUGGCAAGCGGAUCUUAUAUUUAACCUCUUGAAAAGAAACAUUAAUGUUUUUGUGUUUCGUGUUGAGUCCGUUUGGUUGCAGAAUCCUGUGACUUUAUUUGAAAAAAUGUUAUAUUCUGAUAAAAGUCUUGAUUUAAUUACGACGACCUUUUCAAGUCACCCUUUCAUACUAGAUACUGGUCUUUUCUUUAUAAAGUCCAGUGCUGAAUCGAUUACCCUCAUAGCCGAGUAUGUUGCUCGUCUAAAUAAUCUACUUUUCCGCUUGGACAAUAAAAUCAGUAGAACUUUAUCUUCCGACGACCCUUUUCAGUACUUUCCCACACUUAUAUAUUACCGUUUUGGUCGUAUAAGGUAUAGUCUACUUCCCGUGAAACAUUUUGCAGAUGUCCCAUGGUACGUGAAAUUAAAUUCGUCUAAAAAUAAAUAUGACAAAAAUAACAUUUUCUUAAUACGAAGCUAUUAUCCCAGCGAAGAGAGGACAUUGGAUACUAUUAGCGCUAUGAAAGACAUUGAUUUAUGGUUUCUAGGCGAUGGGAACACCUGCAUUUUGGAGCGUGUGGCUUCACUUCAGAACGAUGUGAUGUGAUAAUCAUAUGUGUCUUAUAUUUAUUCGUUUCACUUGCAGAUAUCGUCGUCCAUUUUUUUUUUUUUUGUAUUUCUUUAAUCGUCAAUAUGUUUUGUUUUCGUGAAGUCGAAUGAUGUUUGUUAAAGCACAUAAUGAAAAUACUAGGGUUACACAAAAAAUUGGACUUGUCUCUUCUUCUGAUUUUCUGUUCAUUGAUAAAAAAUGUUCUAGGGGAUAUUUAUUUUGUGUGUGUUGAUGUAUAACAUCAAUUGUCAUGUAUAUUUGUUAGAUUGGUAGAGUGUUGAUAAAUUUGUUUACACUUGUAAGACGUCCGACCAGGCACAACACACUAAUUUUAAAUAUGAAAUCGUCGACACUAUCCGUAAACGAAAAAGGGUUUACGAGAAAUGCCGAUGGUUCCCGAUUGAACAACGUACUGGCUUAUCAUUGUGACAGAUUGCAAGGGUGUUUGUUGGAAUAAAGCAUAUCUUCCCCUAACAUUCUAAUUGAGUGUCGAAAUCUCAACACGCAGCCUUGAGAAAAAGAUAUUUUGGAAACGAAAUAUUUACUCAAGAGAUUUAUCGCUGGUUUUAAAUUGUAUAUGUAUGACUGAUUAAAGUCGUUUGUUUCUAUGAUAACGCUGACUUUUAAACGUUCGAUUUCUCACACGAAAAACUUUUGAAAUUUGAAUUUUUUCUAAGAACGAUGGCGUUUGGCACUAACAAUGACGAUGCUUUGUGUCUGCAGUGAUGAGGUUUUCUCUUACCCUGGGAAGGUGUAUUCACUUAUCAUAAAAACCCUCGUUGGUGAGAUUAAUAAAAUCUUUCACUCCCUUAUAUUGCGGUGUGAUCCGACCCGAAGGGAAAGAUGAUUAAGUUAGCAAGCCUCGUGUUUGUACAUUAAAAAUCUUUAUCCAAAAGUUGUGAUUACCCUGUCGCGAUAACAAGGGGGUGAAUGAUUAUUUUUUUCUCUUGCUGUUCUUAUUUUUUGAUACUCGUAUGUGUUUUCUUGUCCCAAUGUUUCGUAUCGUUGACGUGAUUUUAUUGUUGACAUACCGUCAGUGAAUUGUUAUUGUGACGUCAUAUCAUUGUCCUAGUAGGGAAAUCCCUCUGUCUCAACCCUAGGAUGAGACAAGGAAAUUCCACACCGCUAAAAGCGUGAGUUUACCUGUCCGGAGUAAGAGAAAAGAUGAACUCAAACUCAAGUGAAUGAUUGUUAAGUUCGCAAACAAAUGGCAAACCUCCUGUUUGCCAAAUCAAUUAUCUUUGCUCUCGCGUUGAGAUCACCUUAUGUCAGUUUCACUCGCAAAAGAUGGAUAGUUAUAUCAGUUACCUGAUAAUCAUAUUGCCCGGAAGGAAUACUCUUUUUCAUAAAGCAGCAUGGACUGUAAGAUUUUCUCACAUUUUCACGUUUGCGAAGCUGUACACAAAACACAUAAAAAUGACGAACAAUAUGUAUAAUUGAUAACAUUUCCACGAAUGGCGUUCAUGUGUCAUAAUAUCUAUGUACAACGCAUUCCGUGCUAAUUCAACUGUGAUAAUGGUAACCAUUUGUCUCCUUCAACUAGACGCUUAUUUCGCCUGCAGAAAAUUACGAAGUGUGUAGGCCUCUGGUUGAGCAAGACUUCGGUUGCCGGUUAUAAUGAACCUAGACUGGAUUACCUUCUUUAGUUAAAACCGCUAGAUUGUGCUCGUUGCAUAUUCGAAGCGAAGUCUAGCGGAGAUUAGAAAAAACUACUGCAGGCAAUCCAGUCUAUAAUGAACCAUUCUUGAUACGACAAGUUGUCUGUGGAAACACGCAACCUUGCUGAUCUCGACUCUCAGUUUGAUGCUAAUUUCCUAUUAUUGGAGAAAACGAUGUGAUCAUACUAAGUCAUUAAAGUCUAAUCAUGUA